AUGGCAGGGACAGGUGGGAUGAUGAGUGACAGGAGGGGGGGCAGGAGGAGUGAUAGGAGGGACAGGAAGGGUGAUAGGAGGGACAGGAGGGGUGAUAGGACGAUUGAUAGGAGGGACAGGAGGGGUGAUAGGAGAGACAGUAUUGGUGAUAGGAGGGAGAGGAAGGGUGAUAGGAGGGACAGGAGAGGAGAUAGGAUGUACAUGAGGGGUGAUAUGAGGGAGAGGAGGGGAGAUAGGGGAGCCAGAAGGGGUGAUAGAGAGACAAGUAACAUCCUUGUCAAUUUAAUCCAACAGAACUUCAACGGCAGAUACAGGAUUGUUCUGGUUGGAAGAACUGGAGUGGGAAAGAGUGGAGCAGGAAACACCAUCCUGGGGAAAUAUGUUUUUGAAUCAGAUAUAUCUCCCUCCUCUGUGACAACCAAAUGUGCCAAGAUCUUAGGAGAAGUACAUGGGCAACGUGUAGCGGUUGUUGAUACCCCAGGCUUGUUUGACACCAACUACACCCUAGAUGAUAUACUGCUGGAGAUCAAGAGGUGCAUCUCCUUCUCUGCUCCUGGUCCCCAUGUGUUUCUGAUUGUGCUCCAGCUGAGUAGAUUCACACAAGAAGAGCAGAAAACAGUGGAGCUCCUUCAGGAAACUUUUGGAAAACAGUCAGCAACAUAUACAAUUGUGCUCUUCACUCAUGGAGAUCUACUGGAGGCGAAAAAGGGAAAGGAGACAAAAACAAUUGAAGACUUUUUGCACGGGGACAAAGAUCUUCAUGCUUUUGUACAGGAAUGUAAAGGGGGAUAUCAUGUAUUCAACAACAAUGAAGACAACGAAUGCAGAAAUCGCACUCAGGUUACUGAACUGCUUGAGAAGAUAAGAAAAAUGGUAAAUUGGAAUGGAGGAAACUUCUACUGCAAUGAGAUGUUCCAGGAGGCUGAGAGAGAUAUUGAAAAGGAGAAAGAGAGGAUCCUGAAAAAAAAUAAAGAGAAGAAUCACAGAGAGAUGGAAGAACUGAAGGAAAAACAUAAAGGAGAGGUUCUGAAGGAAGCUGAAGAAGAACUGAAACAGCGUCAGGAAGUAGAAGCUAGAAAGAAAGCUGAGGAAAGUAACACAUUCAUUAAACGUGUAUUCGUACUCUCCACAGCUGCUGCUGCUGCACUUGGAUCAAGUGUAAUUGGCUCGGCUCUGCAAGGAGCAGCGGGAGGGGCUGCAGUGGGUCCAGUGGGUGCAGUAGUAGGGGGAGUUGUAGGACUUGGAGUAGGAGCUGGAGCAGCUCUCAUCGGAACUUCACAAAAAAAAUGCAUUAUACAAUGAGAAUGUGUAACAUUACUCCACCACCAUCUAUCAUUGGAUUGGCGUAAUUAUGAAAAUAAUGUAUUCUUAAAAAUGACAGAUUUUGUUCAUUGUCCUCCUGGCUAUUCAUUACAAUUAAUGUUAUACUAAUUGAUUGCUAAAACACAAAAUGCUCAUUUAAACAUCAAAUGUUACUUUUACCUUGAAUAUUUUCUUAUUGCAAGAUGAUAACACGUCAAAUUAAUUGUGUUGGAAAUAAGUAAAGAAUAAACGUUUUAAAAAUAAUGUGUGAGUGCAUGUGUGUGCAAGAGAUGCAGGUAGCCUAGCGGAUAAGUGUGUUGGGCCAGUUACUGAAAGGUCGCUGGUUUGAAUCCCUGUGCCAACUAGUUUGAAAAGAUCUGACAAUGUGCCCUUGAGCAAGGAACCGAAUGCUAAUUGCUCCUGUAAGUCUCUCUGGAUAAGAGCGUCAGCUAAAUGACUAAAAUGUAGAUGAAGGCACUAACUGUAAGCAACUCUGCUAAAUGACUAAAAUGUAGAUGAAGGCACUAACUGUAAGCAACUCUGCUAAAUGACUAAAAUGUAGAUGAAGGCACUAACUGUAAGCAACUCAGCUAAAUGACUAAAAUGUAGAUGAAGGCACUAACUGUAAGCAACUCUGCUAAAUGACUACACAUACAAAUAUGAAAAAAAAAGCAAAAAAAUAAACAAGUAAAGAUGUGUUUGUUUUAUUG